UCUACCUCCAAUCCCUAUUGCCUACAGACAAAAGAAAUCAGUGCUGUGCUAGGGGUCUUCAUUGAUCUGUGCUGCCUCUUGGUGCUUGAGCUUUGCCUGUUCCCUGUGAAGAGGGAGAUUUCUGUAUUUUGUGUGUGUCUUUUUUUUUUUCCCUUCUCCUUCUUGCAAGGAGAAAACGAAGAACAGAAAAGGAAGGGAGGGGAGGUGAAGGGAGAGAGGAGUGGAAAAUAUAGAGAGGAAGACAGAUUGGUAGAGUUGAUAGGCAGUCGUGGUUUCUAAUGCUUCCCCAUGUAUCUGUAGGCAAGCAGUGGAGGGAUGCUGUGCCUCCAUGUGCAGUGAAGAGUUAAAGGUCUGUAUUGUCAUACAUGUGUAGCUGUGGGGAUUUCUGCAGUGAGGGGAGGAGAGUGAUUUGUAGCUGUGUAUACUUGUGCCUGCAGUACAGGGUUUUUAUAGGUGAAUUCUGCGUGAGAUGUAGGGGAAUACACUCAGCAUGUGUAUACACCACAAGCAUGAAGGAGGGGGUGUAGUGCUUGCAUAGAGAUGCAUUGUAUCCAGGAAGACGAUAGAGCAUUAUUGUGUCCCUGGACAUGGUGAAUACAUCAGACGUGGAGAUAAACAGUGUUUGUUCUUAAGAGGCGUGGGAAUUAAGAUGUGUAUAGAAAUAGACACAUAGAGGGUAUACGAGAGUGUAUUUGUUUAGAAAUACUUGCCAGGUGUACGCUAGGAAUAACACGUUGGUGCAUUGAGUGUGCGUGGUUGGGAGGGAUUACCGGUAGAUACAUUGUAUAUAGAGCACGGAUAGAUUGUGUGUGUCUGUGCCUGCAGCAAGGAAGCACAUAGGGAGAGGAGGAACUGCUGGAAGAAUAAAGAUGGCUCCUGCCAGUGUUGUAUGGGUGCUGCUGUCCAGUUGCCUCCUGAUCUCAAGAAGUCAAGGAGAAGAGGACUCCUCCAGAGAGCUGGAGUGCAAGAUGAAAAGCAUCACUGUGUCCGCUCUCCCCUUCCUCCGGGAGAAUGAUCUGAGCAUCAUGCACAGCCCCUCUGCCAAUGAACCCAAGCUGCUCUUCUCUGUCCGAAAUGACUUCCCGGGUGAGAUUGCUGUGGCUGAUGACCUGGAGAACACAGAGCUGCCUUACUUUGUAUUGGAGAUUGCAGGGAAUACAGAUGACAUACCCCUUGUUCGCUGGAGGCAACAGUGGCUUGAAAAUGGGACUCUGCUCUUCCAUAUACACCACCAAGAUGGAUCUUCUAACCUGCCUGGCCAUGAAACUACCGAUGCCCCUUCAGGGGAGACUGGAGAGGAGGAACUAAGGAUACUGCAUAUAUCUGUCAUGGGUGGAAUGAUUGCUCUUUUACUCUGCAUCCUGUGCUUACUUCUCAUCCUGUAUACAAGACGUCGCUGGUGCAAGAGGCGACGUGCUCCGCAGCCUCAGAAGAGUGCAAGUGCAGAGGCAGCCAAUGAAAUACAUUAUAUCCCAUCAGUGUUGAUUGGAGGUGGCCAUGGAAGAGAGAGUCUACGUAAUGCACGUGGACAAUCCACUCACCCUGGUGGCAGCCUUGGCAUUCGUGAAACACCAAUCUUGGAUGGCUACGAAUAUGAUGUCACUGAGCUUCGUCAUCACCUUCAACGGGAAUGCAUGAAUGGUGGAGAAGAUUUUGGGAGUCAGGUGUCACGAACCAUGGACUCUCUUCAAGGCUGCUCUGAAAAGAAUACAAUUGACCUAACUCCUGUGUUUGCUUUGAACUCUGCAUCUUCAGGAAGUGAUAAUGCCAAGUUGUCUCUUAUGACCAAAUAUAAAGACAGCAUGAUGGGUACAGGUCCAUUAGAUACAAACCACCAACCUUCAACGAUGUUGUCACAUGGAGCCACUAGCAGCCAACACAAACGCAUCAACAACAAGUCUCGAGGACACCCAAAGUACAUGGAUUAUGUUGCAGGCUCAGCCUUUCUAAACCCUGAAGGAGAAUGUACUGCGGAGAUGGACUCCGAAACUCAGCUAACCUUCUAUACGGACCCUUCCCGUAGUAGGAGACGUAGUCGAGCGGUAGGCUCCCCGCGUAGUCCUGUCAACAAAAUGACUUUGACUCUGAUCAGCGUAACAAGUUGUCUCAUUGGUAUGGUCUACUCAUCUCAUGUCAGUUGCCCCCUGAUAGUGAAAAUAACUCUUCAUGUUCCAGAGCACCUGAUUGCUGACGGAAGCCGCUUCAUUUUGGUGGAGGGCAACCAGUUGGAUGCUAGUGAUUGGCUAAAUCCAGCCCAGGUGCUUCUUUUCUCACAGAUGAACUCAAGUGGCCCUUGGGCUGUAGACCUGUGUGCAAGGAGGAUACUGGACCCCUGUGAACAUCUCUGUGAUCCUGACACUGGAGAGUGUUUAUGUCAUGAGGGUUACAUGAAAGAUCCGAUUCACAAACACCUCUGUAUUCGUAAUGAAUGGGGAACCAACCAAGGCCCAUGGCCAUAUACCAUGUUCCAGAGAGGAUUUGACUUGGCACUGGGGGAGCAACCUUCAGACAAGAUCUUCAGAUUUACUUACACACUGGGAGAGGGCAUGUGGCUUCCACUCAGUAAAAGCUUUGUCAUCCCCCCAGCUGAACUCGCCAUUAAUCCAUCAGCCAAGUGCAAGACAGACAUGACUGUCAUGGAGGAUGCAGUAGAGGUCAGAGAAGAACUGAUGGCUUCCUCGUCAUUUGAUAAUCUCGAGAUACUGCUUGACUCCUUUGGUCCUGUCCGUGACUGCUCUAAGGGUAACGGAGGGUGCAGCAAGAACUUUGUCUGUGUCUCUGAUCGAAAACUGGACUCAACUGGAUGUGUGUGCCCCCCAGGACUUCGCCCUAUGAAAGAUCUCCUAGGUUGCUAUGACCGUCAGGUGGGCAUUGACUGCUCCGAUGGCUUUAAUGGGGGCUGUGAACAGCUCUGUCUACAGAAGGAUGUCCCAUUGUCAGAGGAUUCCGACAUGUAUAAUAUCCUGAUGUUUUGUGGCUGCAUUGAAGAUUACAAAUUAGGUCCAGAUGGACUUUCAUGCCACCUGAUCACAGAGCCAUGUCCUGGUGGAUUGCACUGCGGUGAGAGUCCAGAAGUCCCAAUGAACCAAACACUUUUUGGAGAGCUCUUCUUUGGCUACAAUAACCAAACCAAGGAAUUAGCACCUGGACAAUUACUCAAAGGAACAUUUAGGCAGAAUAACUUUGCUCGUGGCUUGGAACAUCAGCUGCCAGAUGGUCUAUUAGUAGCCACCAUACCUUCAGAAACACAGUGUCAUGAGGAGAUAUCUGAUCCGGUUCCAGAUCCUGAUUUUCUGACAGGUAUGGUGAAUUACAGUGAAGUGUCUGGUUACCCCAUAGUUCAACACUGGACAGUCCGUUCUGUCAUGUUUCACGUUCGACUCAACCAACCAGCUGUGUCCCAAGCUUUUACUCAGGCUCUUCAUUCGUUGGAUGGGGCCACGUCACGGCUGGAGUUUACACCAUUGUUGGAUCAGUUUGGAUCCCAUUAUAUCCAAGAGGCGCUAUAUGGCUUCCAUGAGACCUGCUCCAUCUGGUACCCCAAUCGACAAGUACAGAGGCAGCUGUGGAUGGAAUUUGAGGAUAUCAGCAAAGGAAAUACCCCAUCGGACGAGUCCGAGGAACGUGAAAGAGAGCCUAAGGUUCUCACAUUUCCAGAAUAUAUCAAUAGCCUGCUGGAUACUGGCACCAGACGCCUGGCACAAGGAUUGCGUAUGGAGUGCCAAAGCCGAGGGCGCUGCUCCUCCUACUGCCAGCUGUGUCAUGUCACCUCUAGUCCUGAUGCUCCUCCUGAACCAGUGCUUUUAGAAGUCACCAAAGCAGUCCCAAUAUAUGAGUUGGUCUCUAACAACAAUGCCACCCAACAGUUGCUGCAGGACGCUGUGCUCAGCUCUCUCUGGUGCUCUGGGCGUGGUGAUGUAAUUGAGGACUGGUGUCGGUGUGACUCUACUGCUUUCGGUGUAGAUGGACUGCCUACCUGUGCUCCACUACCACAACCUGUGCUCCAUCUCUCCAUGAUGCAGGAGCCCAGCAGCUCACUGCUGGUGUUAGAUUGGCAGCACAUAGAGUUACCCAUUGGUGCACGCAUUGUUAACUAUCUCAUCAGCCAUGAAAAAGUGGCCGAUCGAAUGGACCAUUCCAAAGUGGACACAGAGAUGGUGCUGAGUUUUGUGGAAGAUAUCAUUUCAGGAGCCAAAUCCCCAUGUGUGAUGCCAGCUCAGCUACCCGACAAACACUCCUCAACUAUAUCAAUCAUAAUUCGCUGCCUGGAACCAGACACAACUUACAUAUUUAUUCUAUGGGGAGUGGAUAGCACAGGCCGACUUUCAGACCCAAGCCAGGUGACAGUCAAAAUGCCUUGCCCAGAGGUGGAUGACGUUAAAUCUCAAGAGGUAGCUGACAAAAUCUACAACCUGUUUAAUGGUUACACCAGUGGCAAAGAGCAGCAGACAGCUUAUAACACUCUACUAGAAUUGGGAUCGCCCAACCUUCAACGUGUACGUUAUCACUACAACCUGCAUUUCCAGAGCUUUGGGGAGUUUACCUGGCGCUGUGAAGAUGAGCUUGGACCAAGAAAGGCGAGUUUGGUGCUCUCUCAACUGGAUAUGCUAAGUCCCUGGUGUAGCCAUCUCCUCAGUGAACCUCGGGUCAGCCUGCGUCGAUCUUCACUGAGAUACCUGGCUUGUCGUUACAGUGAAGUCAAAACUAGAGCAUUAAACUGGACCGAACUGAGCCGUGACAUGCGGAAGAACUGUGAGGAGCAAAUGCUUGUUGUGUUGAGCAAUGACUAUGGAGAUAGUAAGGAAAACUGACCAAAAAUCCUGGUGCUACAGCUAGUACCAGGUACACAAUAUGGAUGGAUGGAAAGCAGGUGAGAAGAUUUAAGAGAAAAAGAAAAAUUGCUGGACUGGCCCAACACUGAACCCUCACCUUUAACAAGAACAGUUUGCUAUCACCUGGUAGGCUUCUAAAAUUAGGGUUGUUGAAAACAAUUUGAUAAAAGAAACAAUUCAAACAUCCAAAACAAAAACUGGAUGUCCAUCAUCUCCUAUAUCCUACAGUAUUUAAACUACAGUUCUUCUUAUUCUGGAUAUACGUAUUUAAAUGGUUACAUCAAAUGUCACUACUCUAUUUAAUGGAUAUGUGGAACCCUUUCACUGCCAUAGGGGACCUGUAAGAAAAACCCCUAUGGAAGCGAGAGAAAUAUAGUGAAAACUAUAGAAAAUAGUAUAUAGUUUCAUCCACAGCAUAGGAUAGUAUCAGUAAUCGGAGUAGCCAAAAUAGUUAGAGAUUAGUUAUUCACCAUACAUUAGGUGAGUGGGUGUCCAUUCCUUGGUCUUCUUGCACUAGUAUAAUGUACUUAAACUAAGGCUUUUGUUCCAGUCUAAGAUAUGGCAAUAUUGGCUCUGCUAUCAAUUUGCUUCCUCCCUACCUAUACUAGUCUGGGAGCCACAGAGCGGUUCACAUAGUGCCUGAUUCUCACGGGGGAGGGUUUAUUUAUCCAUGUCUUCCAGAUUUAAAACUGGAAUAACAAACAGCUUCAAGUUUGGUGGCAGAAGGGGAUGCAGAUUCUAUCUCACAACUUACUUCAGCUCAAUAAUCUAAUACUGACCUAGAUAAGUGUUAAUGUGCACUUGUGUUUUACCGUAGAGCCUUCAUAUCUUUAUUGUGUA